AUGAGGGUGUUGGAAGUGUGCGUCGAUAGUUACGAGUCGGCAGUGGCCGCCAUGACCGGCGGGGCGGCGCGGCUCGAGUUGUGCUCCUCGCUGGUAGAUGGCGGGCUGACGCCGACUCCGGGGCUGCUCGCCCAGAUCCGGGAAUAUUCAAAGGAGAUCACGGUUUUUUGCAUGCUGCGGUGCCGCCCCGGAAAUUUUGUGUACACCACCGAGGAGGUGGAGAUAAUGAAACGCGAUGCUAAAAUCCUGCAGAAGUAUGGUUCUGAUGGGUUUGUCUUUGGGGCUUUGAACGCCAAUGGGGAGGUGGAGAUGAAGCAAUGCCGGGAGAUAAUCAUGGCGUGUUCGCCACUUCCGGUCACUUUCCACCGGGCGUUCGAUGUGUGUAAGAAGCCGACGAUUGAGAUCGAGGUCAUUAUCGACCUGGGGUUCAAGCGGGUUCUGACCAGCGGCCAGCAGAAAAAUGCGCAAUUGGGGGCCAAGCUGAUUAAGAACCUGAUGGAGCAGGUGGGGGACAGGAUUUGUAUUGUGCCCGGGGGCGGGAUUACGAAGCAGAAUUUGGGGUUCAUUGUGGAGCACACGGGGGCCAAGGAGUACCACGGGUCCUUCAAGAAGGCCAAAGAGGGGGAGGAGAAGGAGAAGACUGCAGGGGAAGUGGAGCAGGAGAGGGUGCUCUAUGUCACCGAUAAGGAUUAUGUGGCCGAAGUUGUCCAUAUUUUGAAUGUUGCUUGAGUUUUUUUGUAUUUCUUUUAACUGUAUUAUUGUCAAAUAAAGUUUUGUGGAAAAUUUA